GUAAAAACAUGUUUAUCGAUAAUGUUACGAUAUUUUAUUACUGCAUUGUUUGAAUUGAAGGAUAAGUGAUUUGGUUGUAGAUUUUGGGUGUUUUGUUUGCAUAAUUUAUAAUAAUUAUUGUUAUGCAAUAUUACUGACUACUUUACAUAGCGAUUAAAUCCUCAUCAACCGAUUUUGUUAUGGAAAAUAUUGAUGAAAGCAAAAGGAAACCACGACGCACACGCGGUACACCUGCAUAUCAGUACAGAAAUAAAUUUGCUUUUGCUUGGAUUGCCUUGGGAUCAGUGGUUUUUACUGCUUUAGCGUACACUCCAGCAUUCCAAAAGAUUAAUAAGGAGCUUUGUGGGGCUUUAUUAGUUCCAACUGAAGACGAGAUAGAAAGACGUUAUUUGUUUGGGCUGCCUAAGCCACUGACUAGCAGAGAGAUCCAAAAUCAUAUAGACGACGGAAAAAAAUUGAUGUCUGAAAGAUAAAAAUUAUAAUGGAUCGACAGGCUCGUAAAGCAAAUUUAAAAAAAUUGCGUUUGACGGGUAUUAGACGUGAUGACAAAAAUAGUCUACGGUAAUGUUUGUAUAUAUUUAUGUAAUAUCGCUUUAAAACUUUGUGCGAAGAAUGUCCAUAAAUAAAAUAUAAAAUGCUUUAAGUUGAAAA